AUGGCACACGUUAACAAUGGCGUCCCAUUCGAUCCACAGGCCUUUGAAAACGUUCGAAUUGACCUUCCAGCAUUGAAACGACGCGCUGCUACUUUGGGUACAAAAAGAUGUGUCAAGAAAGCUUAUCAAGCGGCUUGGCUCAUGCGUUGCUGCUCUGUGAUCGAUCUGACGACUCUUGCAGGAGACGAUACCGAUGCCAAUGUUAUGCGUUUGUGUCACAAGGCGGCCAAGCCCAUCCGACCGGACUUGGUGAAAGCACUCGGCAUGGAGAAUUUCAAGAUCACGACUGGUGCUAUCUGCGUUUAUCCCAACCAAGUUGCCGUCGCGAAGAAAUACUUGAAGGCGAUAAAUGCUGAUCAUAUCCCGAUUGCAAGCGUUGCAACUGGAUUCCCAGCUGGACAAACACCUCUGAAGAUGCGACUUGAGGAGAUCAGAAUGGCCGUCGCCGAUGGUGCCACUGAGAUUGACAUUGUCAUCAACAGAACCAAGGCGCUCCAAGGCGACUGGCAAACCGUCUAUGACGAGGUCAAACUCAUGAAAGAGGCUUGUGGCGCCGCCCACAUGAAAGCUAUCCUCGCUGUCGGCGAGCUGGGAACUAUGGAAAAUGUCUACAAGGCUUCCAUGGUUUGCAUGCAGGCUGGAAGUGACUUUAUCAAGACUUCGACCGGCAAGGAAGGUGUCAACGCAAUUCUGCCAGUUGGGCUUGUCAUGGUCCGCGCUAUCCGUGAUUACCUUGCCGCUACGGGAAUCAAGGUUGGCUUCAAGCCGGCUGGGGGCAUCAGAAAUGCUAAACAAGGGCUCACCUGGCUGAUGCUCAUGAAGGAGGAACUUGGCGAUGAAUGGGUCAAGGCUGAUCUGUUCCGAAUCGGCGCUUCCUCGCUCUUGAUCGACGUCGAGCGACAGCUUUACCACUACGUCUACGGUCGCUAUGCUGCCGAGCACCAGCUUGCUAUGUCUUAG